AUGGCGCUCGAAUUUUUCCAGAACGUGCCACUUCCGACUAUCGAUCGGCCGUUCGGCAUUCAGCUAUGGCCAAUCUUUGACAAGACUUUCGAAUACGUCGUGGGUUAUCCCGCCAGCGAAUUCCGCUUCGUGGAGGGUCAGACCCCGUUAUCUAAAUUCCAGGAUACAGCAGCAAUGCUUGUCACCUACUACGUUGUCAUUUUCGGAGGUCGCUUCGUUAUGAAGAACUUUUCCGCUUUGAAACUCAACACAUUGUUCAUGAUCCACAAUUUCUACCUGACCGCGAUCAGCGCAACGUUGCUGGCUCUCUUUGUGGAGCAGCUGCUGCCAACAAUUUAUAACCAUGGCAUUUUCUUUUCCAUCUGUGACCACGAUGGUGGUUGGACCCAGCCUCUCAUUGUCUUGUACUAUCUCAACUACCUGACCAAAUACGUGGAGUUUAUCGAUACUAUCUUCUUGUUUCUCAAGAAGAAGCCCUUGACCUUCCUUCAUACCUACCACCACGGUGCCACGGCUCUUCUGUGCUAUACUCAACUAAUUGGUCUGACUGCUGUGCAAUGGGUGCCUAUCACCAUCAACCUUCUCGUUCACGUUGUCAUGUACUGGUACUACUUCCAAAGUGCUCGUGGUAUUCGCAUUUGGUGGAAGGAAUGGAUCACCCGUCUCCAGAUCAUCCAGUUCGUCAUUGAUGUCGGAUUCAUCUACUUUGCAUCGUACACCUACUUCUCUUCUACCUACUUCCCCUGGGUCCCUAAUAUGGGCAAGUGUGCCGGAGAGGAGUUUGCUGCCUUCGCUGGUAUUGGCAUCAUCACAUCUUAUCUCUUCCUGUUCAUCUCCUUCUACAUCGCUACCUACAAGAAAGCCGCCAAGGGUGGUCGUCCCCGCAGCAACACUGGUAGACAGGCCGUGAUCGAUAUGGCGAAGUUCCAGGUGCCUCCACAGAGCAAGAAUGGCAAUGGAGCCGCUACCAACGGAGUCGCUACCAACGGAGCCGCCACAAAUGGCCAUGCCAAUUCGAACGGCAGUGCUACCUCCACUGGCCGGUCCAACGGCCCAGUCACUCGCUCACGGAAGGCUUAA